AUGGUACUAUUAUGUGUGGUUAUCCCAGAGGUUGUAUAUCAAGAUCAACUCUCAUCCACUUCCAAACUUCACCCAACCAACUCAGAUCAACUCAAGAUCAACUCAAAGCAACUCUCAUCCACUUCCAAACUUCACCAACCAACUCAGAUCAACUCAAAGCAACUCUCCCACUUCCAACUCACCCAACCAACUCAGAUCAAAAGCAACUCUCAUCCACUUCCAAACUUCACCCAACCACUCAGAUCAACUCAAAGCAACUCACAUCCACUUCCAAACUUCACCCAACCAACUCAGAUCAACUCAAAGCAACUCACAUCCAUUCCAAACUUCACCCAACCAACUCAGAUCAACUCAAAGCAACUCCAGAUCAACUCACAACUCACAUCCACUUCCAAACUUCACCCAACCAACUCAGAUCAACUCAAAGCAACUCACAUCCACUUCCAAACUUCACCCAACCAACUCAGAUCAACUCAAAGCAACUCACAUCCACUUCCAAACUUCACCCAACCAACUCAGAUCAACUCAAAGCAACUCACAUCCACUUCCAAACUUCACUCAGAUCAACUCAACAACUCACGAUCAAGGGGCAGAUCAACUCAAAGGGGGCAAAAACCUACGGAAAGUCAGAUCCAAGGGCAUCCAUCUGAAACCGGGACCGAUGAAGAUACACGUUUACGCCAAUGA